ACGGGCACUUUGGAUUCGCUGCUCUGCUUUGGAAACUGAAAGGGUUUAGAGAUAUGAAUGUGCCAGAGAGCAUAGUCCAGCCUUCAGUGCUGAUUUAAUUUGCGGGGGAAAACAGCUGCAGGGUUUCCAGAGCUUUUGAAGAUGGCACCAUCUAUCUCAUUAAAUAUUAAUAUCAAGGAGCCCCGAUGGGAUCAAAGCACUUUUGCUGGACGAGCCAAGCACUUCUUCACUGUCACAGACCCCAGGAAUAUUUUGUUAUCCAAUGCCACACUGGAAAAGGCAAGAAAAAUUGUGCAUGAUUACAGACAAGGUAUUGUGGCACCUGGCUUGACAGAAGAUGAGCUGUGGAGAGCAAAAUACAUUUAUGAUUCAGCCUUUCACCCUGACACUGGGGAGAAGAUGUUCGUGAUCGGCCGAAUGUCUGCCCAGGUGCCCAUGAACAUGACUAUCACAGGCUGCAUGAUGACCUUCUACAGAACGACACCAGCGGUGCUUUUCUGGCAGUGGAUCAACCAGUCCUUCAAUGCUAUAGUGAACUACACCAACAGGAGUGGGGAUGCCCCCAUCACUGUCGGCCAGCUGGGAACUGCCUAUGUUUCUGCCACCACAGCUGCUGUCGCUACAGCUUUAGGACUUAAUUCCCUAGCUAAGCGCGUCUCGCCUCUUGUAGGGAGGUUUGUUCCUUUUGCUGCUGUUGCUGCUGCCAACUGCAUCAAUAUUCCACUAAUGAGACAAAGGGAAAUCAAGUUUGGAAUUCCUGUCACGGAUGAGAAUGGAAAAAGAGUGGGUGAGUCAUCCAAAGCUGCUCAGCAGGCAAUUGCCCAGGUGGUGAUAUCCAGGAUUCUGAUGGCUGCUCCUGGCAUGGCAAUUCCUCCAUUCAUAAUGAAUACCCUGGAAAAGAAAGCCUUUUUAAAGAAAUUUCCUUGGAUGAACGCUCCUGUUCAGGUUGGAAUAGUUGGAUUCUGUCUCGUGUUUGCAACUCCCCUGUGUUGUGCAUUGUUUCCUCAGAAGAGUUCCAUGUCGGUGUCACGCUUGGAGCCAGAUUUGCGAGCCAAGAUCCGAGCCAGCUACCCUGGCCUAGAACGUGUAUACUUCAAUAAAGGAUUAUAAUUCAAGGAAGGCAAAGUAUCUUUCAAGGAGGAACUUAUGAACUUAUUUUUUGAAUUGUGUGCCAACAUAGACAAGAACACCUUUAUCUUGUUCUUUUGUUAAACAGGUUGAUCAUCUGCGUUAUUUUACAGUUGAAGACUUUCCUCAGUAUAGUGUUUAAAUCACAUAAGGUCACUUUGUCCACUUUGGUAUUGUUUGAAAGUUUAAACAUACAUAUCCAGAGAUGUUUACAUAAGUCUCAAGCAGCUACAAUAACAAUAAAGAAGCGCACAAUGAAAA